AGCAGAAAAUGAAAAGGAGACAGACGAGUACUUUUAUCAUGUAUACCACCAUGGACAGAUAUAUGUUGAACGUGUGAAAUCAGUAUAGUGGUACCCGGCGGCAAGGAUUCCUAUUACUAUUAAUGAGCCGACUGUAUGCGAGAAGCCAGAGCGGUCCCGUCCACUGCAUCGAUAAUGAUGUUGUCAUGUUGUCAUCGUUAACCUGGAAGACUACCACGACUAAAGUUGAGUAGGAUUCUGCCGAACUUUCAGCCCGUACUGCUACGGUUUCAUCAUGCCCGACCGGCAGUGCCCCAAGAGGCUGUGAGUUGCCUUAUAUUGACGUUAUAGCCUGCUUUUUUCCAUCUGGAAAUUACUUGGCAGGGGAAAGCAGACAAGCACAGCUAGGUUUAGCCUUCUCCGUGCUGCAGUCCUGGGCUUUUAUAUGGCCUAACUAUUGACAUUGUUGUGCACCCAUUCUUCCUGGACAUCUCAAAACAGAUAAGAAUUUUAUGGGAUUCACUUCGGCGAAGGAGAAUCGUGCCUAAGCUAAAAUUAUGAACUGGAGGCGGCUACUACGAAUGUCCAACCGAUCGUUUCUGGCCUUCAUAUUCUUCUUCUCCAUGUCCACCACUUGUCUCUACUUCAUUUAUGUGGCUCCUGGAAUAGCCAACACAUACUUCUUCAUGGUGCAGGCUCAGGGCAUCAUGUUGAGGGACAAUGUAAGGACCAUUGGCCAGAUGAUUCGAGUGUACACCAAUAAGAACAGUACAGUCAAUGGGACAGACUAUCCUGAUGGCAGUAACUCCAGUGAAUACCUGGUCCAGCCAACUGCAUAUCUUCCCGAGAACUUCACCUAUACCCAGAACCUUCCCUGCCCUGAGCGAUUGCCUUCUAUGAAGGGCUUAAUGGAAGUGAACAUGACAGAGAUCCCUAUGGAGGAUUUAGAACUGAAGUUAUCCAAGUUUUUUGACAUUGAAUUCGGAGGCCGUUGGAAACCAAAGGACUGCAGACCUCACUGGAAGGUAGCCAUCCUUAUUCCAUUUAGAAACCGCCAUGAACAUCUCCCCAUCCUCCUCCACCACCUCAUCCCAAUGCUGCAGAGACAGCGGCUGCAGUUUGCCUUCUACGUCAUUGAACAGAGUGGGAGCCAACCCUUUAAUAGAGCCAUGCUCUUUAACGUGGGAUUCCUAGAGGCCAUGAAGGACGUGGACUGGGACUGCUUUAUCUUUCACGAUGUUGACCACAUCCCUGUGAACGAUCGAAACUACUACGGCUGUGAUCAGAUGCCACGCCACUUUGCUGCCAAGCUGGACAAAUACAUGUACAUUCUUCCAUACAGAGAAUUCUUUGGCGGCGUGAGUGGACUAACUGUGGACCAGUUCCGCAAAAUUAAUGGCUUUCCCAAUGCCUUCUGGGGCUGGGGAGGAGAAGAUGAUGACUUGUGGAACAGGGUUCAAUAUUCUGGUUUCAAUGUCACACGACCAGAUGGAGAGAUUGGCAAGUACAAGUCUAUUCCUCAUCACCACAGGGGAGAGGUGCAGUUCCUUGGCAGGUAUAAACUGCUGAGGUAUUCCAAAGAGCGGCAACACUUAGACGGCCUCAACAAUCUCCAUUACAGCCCCCACAUCUCCCUCAGCAGCCUCUACAAGAACAUCACGGUGGACCUGAACCCUGAGCUUGUUCCUAUCAAAGACUACUGAUUGCCCCACCCAGCCCUACUCCACACCCCAACCUGCCCAGCUCAAGUCUGGCCUCCUAGCCCCAGGGGGGACAUAGGCAGGGAGGGAUGAGGAGAUGCACCAUAUAAUGCUGCCAAAAUACCUAGUAAGAAAAAGAAAACUGGAAAAAAAGGAGUGGCAAGUCUCUCAAAGUAUGUUUGUGUGCAAGUGCAUGUCUGAGUGCAUGUCUUUUUGUCAAUAUUGGCUGAACUGCUACAAGUUGGUUUAGGUUUGGGAGAGCAGCAGCAACUCAGCUCUUGAUGUUUACUGCAAAGCCUUAAUGUGGCAAAACCACAGCUUCCUCUGCGUGGCUCUGCACUACUUCACUUCUUAUGUAUUAACGUCACCAUACAAGCCAAAAAACAGGUUUUUGUCUCACUUUCUUUUUCAUUUCAUGUUGUUAGGCCAACAUAGUCCUUUAAAAUGAGGGAAGGUCAUCUUUAAUAUUUGCAAUGUGUGUUUUUUAUUUUUGAUCCAUUCUAUUUUCUCUGAUUCAGGAUGUUUGAAAAUGUCGUCAACGUCAAUCAAUAAAUGUAAUUUGCUGUUUUGCUGCACUGCUGCUGAAUACGCAUGAAAAUGUAUGUAAAUAGUAGCCUCUUAAAGCUUGAACACAGAACACAAAUAUGUUAAUGUGGGCCUUUAAAUGCUCGGGUAUAUUUCAAUGAUAUUCCACUGGAUUGAAUUUUACUUGGCAGCUACCUUCGUUCUGAGGAGUGAGUGUUUUUUUCUUAGUAGAAAGGUAUCAAAUCAAAUCUUCUGAUUCAACAAUAUAGUUUGCAUGCCUUAUUUAUUUUGUUUACAAAAUUGUGUUCAUUUCAAACUACACAUUAUUUCAUCAGCUGAAGAUGUGUAUAUUUGUGUAUAUUAUUUUGCUUUUGUUCCCCCUUGUGUUGCACUUUGUGAAAAAGUAAAGCUGCUCCUUAAUGGGAGAGCCUGACUCAGUAUCUCCUCCAUUACUUUUUACAGGGAGCAGGAUUAGCCAUUACAGCACAAGUGUGUCCACCCAACAUGCUUUACUGCACUUUAUUGUCUUGGGUGUGUGUUUAUAUAUUUUUUUGUCUCAGAUGUGUUUUUAUAAUACAACAAAUUUUGUAAUAAUUUUGUGCUGGACAACGUAAAAAGCUCCUCAUUGUACUGUACCAAGCACUGAGCAUGCCAUUUGAGGCUGGCCUGUGUGUCUGGUCUGUGGUGUUACCUUUUUUGCUAAGCUCAUGUAGUAAAAAAUGUUCAUGAGAAGAUUAAGUUUGACAUGUUUUUAAAUACUUGAUGAUGGAAGUCAUCUUAAAUGAUUGAUAUAUCCACAGCACCACAGUAUCUGAAUGAUAAUGGGGAUUAAUAGUCAAAUUUCUGUUAUGCCAUGAUUUGCAUUUUAGUGCCCUCUACUGGCAGAUCUAAAUGGUAAAGGUACAAAGGUUGUCUAAACUUUUUAACAUCUCAAAGCACUUUAUAUCAAUUAAUCAUUAAGAGUACACUUUGGAUAACAUUGCGGACACAUCCUGCAAAUUUAGAUUUUACCUAAGAGUUGUUUACUUGAGUUUAUUUAUGUGCUAACCCUAUUGAACACCCAACCAAACCAAACCACAAACAAUUAGUUUCACCUCGGUCAGUCCCAAAAAAUACAUCCCUUUUCCCUUCACCAUUGUUGUGCUUCAUUUGCAGUAUUUUCUGGUUUAAAUUAAGCUACUGGAUGCAGAAUAGACAAUUUGCUCGCUGUUAAAGCAUAAUGUGCCCAGUGUGAAUGAGAAAGGUCCCGUAAUAUAAGUUUUCAGGUGGCAUCAUUAGGGGCCAGGUAGAAGAGGGGUGCUGCAUUCCCAUUCAAGAUCGGCUGCCACACCAAAAAAUGGCAGAUGAUGCACACACUACAGCUCACAGAAUGCCUGACCACUCACACAGUUGUAGGUUUUUAAGCCACCUUAUUGUGGCAGGACUGGAAACUUGCAGAGAGGGGCACAGAGCACACGGCAGGAAGGAGCUCGGAGAAGAAGCUUUGACUGGAGAGCUACAUAAAGGAGACCAGGCUGAGAACUAUCCAGAGAAAGAAGACCCUGUAGCCUGCAAAACAGAAGACAUUCUCAGUUGAGUUUUUCUAAUGCUGUUCAGUUUAAAGAACCCUUAUCUCCUACAGGACUUUUUUUGUUUGUUCGUGGAUUUUGAUUUUGAUAGAGAAUUACCUGAGUUGCCUGUUUAUAAGAAUUGUUGCCAGUUUUUCUGUGUUAUAUUGCAUUACCCCACCUAGCCUCCCCCAGUGACCUCUCAUUACAUUACGAUGGAUAUUAUCUCUGAUACAGAGCUAAAAUGCCUGUAUCAUUAAGUCUGCACACACUUCAGCGCUUUCAUCAUUGGUGCUGCUCUACAUUAUAUAACAAUACACCACCAUCCCUUAGCUUUUUCCAAAUAGCUUGUGUUAGGACUGUUUCUUAAGAUAAUGGGCCUUGCAUGAGGCCUGUUUGUCUGAACAGAUUUUCUGAAUUGUCAGUAGCAGUGAGUAUUUUGAGUUUUCUUAAAGGUGCCAACAGAGUCAUUUAGUGCUGCUGACCUGUCCUGGGAGUCUGUAGUUAUUUAAAUCCAUUUUUUUUUCAAUAAUGGGUUGUACAUUUCAUUAGUUUGGAGCCAUUAAAAAUAAAUAUGUAAAUUACACCUCA